AACCAUAGCGAGGCUACAUCCGGGCACUCCCGCGGAUAGAGGCAAGAUGGCGCCCAUCGGCGAUAAGUUGGUCAUGGGAGCGAUGGCUGAGAAUUCCGACGAAGACGAAGGCAAAAAUUUAUGGUCCACAAUAUUGAGUGACGUUUCGACCCAGUCGAGCUCCAAGCUUCCGUCAUGCAAAAGCAUCAUCGUUGCAGGCGAAGACGAGUCAGGGAAAACCACUUUGAUAGCAAAAAUGAGAGGAGACGAAGAACUGAAGAAAGGGGCUGGGCUGGAAUACUUCUACUUGGAAGUUCAUGACGAAGAUAGAGAUGACCACACAAGAUGCGGUGUGUGGGUGAUGGACGGAGACUCCCACCACAGGGGCUUGUUGCGGUUUGCCUUGUCAGCAGAAAAUAUAGAGCACACGUUAGUCAUGCUGGUCGUGGACAUGUCUCGACCAUGGACCAUCCUGGAGUCCCUACAGAAAUGGGCAGACAUCAUUCACCACCACAUCGAUAGGUUGAAAGUCCCUCCUGAGAAGAUGAAAGAAUUAGAAGAGCAGUUGGUCAGACAGUACCAGGAAUAUGUAGAACCUGAGGAAGGUGCCCAGUCCCCACAGCGGCCCAAAGCCAUGACACCAGGAGCAGGAGACGAGGAGACCGUGGUGUUGCCUCUCGGGGAGGACGUACUGACACACAACCUAGGAGUGCCUGUGGUAGUAGUUGUAACAAAGACGGACGCCAUCAGUACCCUGGAGAAGGAGCAUGACUAUCGAGAGGAACACCUGGACUUCAUCCAGCAGCACAUACGCAAGUUCUGCCUAAGAUACGGAGCAGCACUAUUCUACACAUGUGUCAAGGAAGACAAGAACAUCCAGCUGUUAACCAAGUACCUGGAACAUAGGUUAUAUGACUUUCCCUUCCACACACCCCCACUGGUGGUGGAGAAGGAUGCCAUUUUCAUUCCAUCGGGAUGGGACAACCACAACAAGAUCAGCAUCCUGUACGAGAACCUGCACAACAUGAAAGCCGAGGACGCCUUCAAUGACUACAUCGCAAAGCCCAUCAUCAGGAAGUCUGUUGGAGAAGCCAGAGAGGUGAUCGCCGAUGACGAGCAAGCGUUCCUGAUGAAACAACAGGCCGUCCUGUCCAAGGCGCUGCCAGCAGGGGCACAGAGAGACUCGCCACAGCGAUCACCCAUGGGGGUCCAGCGUACACCCGAGAGAAGAGUGGGCGCAAAUGUCGCCAGUGUUUCACCCAUCCCGGCUGGUGGGAAGAAGUUGGAGGGAGCUAAGGGUGCAGCCGGAGCCAGUGAGGGAGUGCUGGCUAAUUUCUUCAACAGCCUGCUGAGUAAGAAGACCGGUGGUGGUAGUCCGGGGGCACCAGGCACCCCGCCAGGCAAGAGUCCAGUUGGUCCUGCAGAGAAGGCAGUAAGGAGUGAUGCAGCGGCAGAGUUAGAUCGGCUGACACGGGGAACGAGAAAGCCUGUUCAAGGGCAGAACCCACAGAGUAGCAGCGCAUCCUGAGUUGGGAAGCAACAAGUGUGCAUUCAACGCAUCUUGACUGUAGAAAUCUACCAUUGCUAUGCUAAGAGACAAAAAAAUGAAUAUGAUUAUGUACCAUUAUUAUUGCAGUAGACUUUAACAAAGGCUCUGUCAUCUUCAUGUGGUUUUUGUAAACAUACAAUUAUUCUAACAAGAAAAUAUUAACAAGAGUCUAUUCCAAAUGUAUUAGUAUGUAAACCAUUUUGCCCUGGACUGCAAGUAAAACAAAAGAAUCUGUGAUACAAUUUGCUGUUUUUUUUUUGUGUUGGGCCAUGGGAAUGGCUGUCUCUUAAGGCAAUUGUUCUUGUGCUUCUUCUGUAAACAUGGUGGAAAUUUGGUAGUUCGAGGUAAGUUGUCACAAUUGUAUUUUAAAUUAUUUUGCAGGCUAUUGGAUUCCACCAUGACAGCACAAGUAGCUCCUACAGAAGUAAAAAAUACAAAUUAAAGUAAAAAAAAAAAGAAUAUUUGUUAUUUAGAUCUUUAAAAAGGACUUCUCUUGAAUGAAACGUGUGUUCUUUCUACCUGCAACUGUAAUGUUUUAGUUUCUAGGACCGAAUCAUGGCUUGGUUCAGGGAUGUACUAGUACUUUUGUAUUUGUCGGCCACAAUGAAUUAAAUUGCCACCAUUUGCACACUUACACAAGUAUAGACAUAGGGGCUUCCUCUUGGUUGUCAAAAGCACUGUUUAAAAAAUGAUGCUAUUGGCAGCAGUUGUUCAAAUCUACAAGGCACCAUCAAAAUGUAACCCUUGAUUUUUUUAAAAGCUUUUGCUGCUUUGAGUUAAUUAAAUCCACUAAUGGCAUCAGUCAGAGUCAGCAGCCACCGAAAGGCUAUGUAUAUUCUGUAGGACAUUUACAUUCUUGAUAAAUGUGUGUGAAUACUGACUUUGAUAUGCACCGGCUUCCUGGUAUUUUGUAUAACAGCUUACAGUAAUUUUAUGUUAGACUCAUGCAGUUAAAACCUUUUUUUCUGCCUACCAAAGAAAGGCAGCUCAUAGUUGCCUUUUGAGGAAUGCAGGUAGUACUGCAUUAGGGAGGCAUGAGUCUUUAUUUGGGACUUAGUCAUGAAGCUUUAUGAAGAAAAGAUGCAUCCUUGGUAUUGAAUGACAUUGAAUUGUCAUUAAAUUAGAUCCCUUUCCUUUAAGUAUUGACUUUAGAAAAUUAAUAUGAAUAUAACAGGCCUCUUCUGCAUACCAUGCUAAAAGUUAUGUUCUACCUUCCCUUGCUUUUGCUGUAUCCAUUGAGAUCUUGGUACACUAUGGAGCUCAGAGGGACAUUUAUUUACGAGAACGAUUUCAGCGAGAGUACAGAAAAUGCAUUGAUUUUUUUGCGUUGUUUUCUUCGGAGCCUUUUCGUGAUUCCAAUGGUCUGAAUCACUUGUCGCAAUUUCAAAGCGAUUUUCUUAAUUUCCCAGUUGGAACAGUUUUGAAUAGCCAUACUUAUUAGUUUUGUGAUAUUUUCAUAGUUAGAGGUAGCAAAACAUGGCACACUGCAAGCUGGGAAGAAAUGUAUGCAUAGUUAAGAGUGGUGCGUAUCCAUGUGCAUGGCACUGUGUUGAGAUACUCUUAAGUUUGUGAGGCAGAAAGUCAUGUAACUGGAUAUAACCAUAGUUUGAUACGUUUGUGAGUGCCUACCAUUUUAAUUACUGGUACAUAGUCUAUAAUCUUACAACCUAGCACGUUUGCAAUUAUUGUGCUGGAAAGGGGAAAAAAAGAAAGAUCUGUGUUUUGCCUUCUGUUAAGCAGGUACGUGUGCAAAUAUAACUCCAAUUUGUAAUAUAAUCUGUAGUAAUGUCAUGUUGGGAAAUGAAUUGCUUGCUGACUUAUUAUUACAAACUAGCCAUUGUUUUUGGUCUGGUCAAUGUGUUGCUUUCAAGAAUGGGAAACUGAUACGGUAACCAAUAUAUAUACAUGCACCAUUGGGGCAUACAUCCAAUGUCAACAAACAAAAUUUUGUCAGGAUUAGUGAAGAGAGACUUUGAUAUGAGCUGUAAUGAUUGUAAGAUCGUUAUAAAGUGUAGUUUGAUUUACCGUGUAUCUUGUUACUUUUUGAAGUAUGCGAGUUUAGGGGUAGACAUUGGGCAGUGCUGACGGCGGAUUUGUACAUGAAUUAUGGUAAUCCAUGUUUUGCAGGGCACCGUUUUACAGACUGUGGUCCCGUGGUGAGUGAAACUAGAGAGAAAUUAAAAUUCAUGGAAAG